UAGAGGCUGGUACCCCGCCUGGUAGAGAUGCCACACUCGCUCCGCGGCUCGCAUGGCGCUCUGAAGACGCCGGUGCCCGCCGCCUGGAGGAGCCGCUGCCCCCGCUCCCUGAAGAUGGGGGAACAAUGAAAUAGGCGAGAAGAUCCGGGUCUCCCCCUCUCUCUCUUGCCCCCUCCCCCUCCCCUCCCCUCUCCCCCGGACUCCUCUCCGAGGCACCAUGCUGACCCGCCUGUUCAGCGAACCCAGUCUCCUCUCGGACGUGCCCAAGUUCGCCAGCUGGGGCGACGGCGACGACGACGAGCCGAGGAGCGACAAGGGCGACGCGCCGCCGCCCCCGCCGCCGCCGGGGCCGGGGGCUCCGGGGCCCGCGCGAGCCGCCAAGCCGGUCCCUCUCCGAGCAGAAGAGGUGCCGGAAGCCGCGCUGGCCGAGGUCAAAGAGGAAGGCGAGCUGGGGGGCGAGGAGGAGGAGGAAGAGGAGGAGGAGGAAGGGCUGGAGGAGGCCGAGGGCGAGCGGCCCAAGAAGCGCGGGCCCAAGAAGCGCAAGAUGACCAAGGCGCGCCUGGAGCGCUCCAAGCUGCGGCGGCAGAAGGCGAACGCGCGGGAGCGGAACCGCAUGCACGACCUGAACGCGGCGCUGGACAACCUGCGGAAGGUGGUGCCCUGCUACUCCAAGACGCAGAAGUUGUCCAAGAUCGAGACGCUGCGCCUCGCCAAGAACUACAUCUGGGCGCUCUCGGAGAUCCUGCGCUCGGGCAAGCGCCCCGACCUGGUGUCCUACGUGCAGACGCUGUGCAAGGGCCUAUCGCAGCCCACCACCAACCUGGUGGCCGGCUGCCUGCAGCUCAACUCGCGCAACUUCCUCACGGAGCAGGGCGCGGACGGCACGGGCCGCUUCCACGGCUCCGGGGGCCCGUUCGCCAUGCACCCGUACCCGUACCCCUGCUCGCGCUUGGCCGGCGCGCAGUGCCAGGCGGCGGGCGGCCUGGGCGGCGGCGCGGCGCACGCCCUGCGGACCCACGGCUACUGCGCCGCCUACGAGACGCUGUACGCGGCGGCGGGCGGCGGCGGGGCGAGCCCGGACUACAACAGCUCCGAGUACGAGGGCCCGCUCAGCCCCCCGCUCUGUCUCAACGGCAACUUCUCGCUCAAGCAGGACUCGUCGCCCGACCACGAGAAGAGCUACCACUACUCUAUGCACUACUCCGCGCUGCCCGGUUCGCGGCCCGCGGGCCACGGACUGGUCUUCGGCUCGUCCGCGGUGCGCGGGGGCGUCCACUCCGAGAAUCUCUUGUCUUACGAUAUGCACCUUCACCACGACCGGGGCCCCAUGUACGAGGAGCUCAACGCGUUUUUCCAUAACUGAGACCUCGAGGCCGCCCCUUCCUUUUUCUUUUGCCUUUGCCCGCACCCCUGUCCCCAGCCCCUGAGCGCAGGGGCACCCCCGUGGCGCCGGGCGCGGGGUGCGGGCCGCCGGUCCCGCGGCUCU